UAUUUUAUGAAGUAUUUACAAUAUUCUUAUUUACUAUUUACAAUGAUUUUAUCUCAGUAUUUUUCAGUAUUCUCAGUACUAUUUAGACAUAGGAUGACGAGUGUAAUUGAUUUAUAAAAAAUAAUGCAUUUAAAAAACUCAAAACAAAAAUUCAAGACAAUGAUAUGACCUUGACGCGAUCUUAGUGAAACAACUCAAAAUCAAAGUAAAGUCAUAAUUUAUAUUCGUCAUAAUAUAUUCGUCUGUAAAUCAAAUAACUUCUACUUGAAAUAUUUUUGUUCAGAAAAUGCUUAGUUUCUGAGAAAAUCCAAUAUAUCACUUAAAAUGAAUCACUCUGUAUAUUACAUCUAAUAAAUGAAUAUUUUAUAUUUUGUAGUCUGCAGAUUCUAUGAUGCUCGGUAGUUUGCAGAAAGGAUCAUUAGAUAUAAUGGGUGCUGUAGUAGAAUUAACGGUUUGUCAAGAAAGACCAGGUUUGGAAUGGAUUUUAAGAAUACAAAAUCCAAGUAUGUGUUCAAUAUUUGAAGUUGCAACACCUUCAAAAGAUACUGCAUUGGAAUGGAUGUCCAGUAUCAAAGAGACUGCGCAAAAUGCAAGUGUUAGGGAAAGUCAGCACAAAGAAAUGGAAAGAGCAUGGAGAAUAGCCAAGGAAAUGUCUAAUCUUAUAGUCUAUUGUAGAUCAGUUGCAUUUAACAUAGAAAGGAUAAGGACUAAGGGAUUUACAUUUAACGAGAUGAGUAGUUUUCCUGAAACAAAGGCUGAAAAAUUAAUGUGUCAACAAGAAAACAAAUUUUUCAUAAAAUAUCAUCAGAUUCAAUUCAGCAGAGUUUAUCCAAAGGGACAGCGUAUUGAUUCAUCUAAUUAUAAUCCUGUACCAAUAUGGAAUUCUGGUUCUCAAAUGGUAGCUUUGAAUUAUCAAACUGGAGAUAAAUGGAUGCAAUUAAAUCAGGCUAAAUUUAAAGAAAAUGGCAAUUGCGGUUAUUUAUUGAAACCAGAAUUUAUGUUUAAACAUGACUUUAAUCCGUAUGAUAAAAGUUCAUUAUACGAAGUUAAUUCAUUUAAAAUUAAUUUGAAAAUUAUUGGAGCUAGACAUUUAAUGAGAUCAGGAAGAGGUAUUGCCAAUCCAUUUAUUGAAGUAGAAAUUAUAGGUUCAGAUUUUGACUCGGGAAUAAAAUUGACAACAAAAACUAUAUCGGACAAUGGAUUUAAUCCAAUAUGGAAUGAAACAUGCGAAUUUGAGAUAUUUAAUCCAUAUUUUGCCCUUAUAAGAUUUUUAGUCCAAGAUGAAGAUAUGUUUGGUGACAGUAACUUUAUAGGACAAGCUACCUAUCCAGUAAGUACUUAAUUAUUGUGCCUAUCGAAAAACAUUUCUGCGUACUUAUGUGUAUGUAUAUGCACAUAAGUGUAAAUAGUUUUAAAUAAAAAACAUUGGUAAAAAUGUUUAGAAUAGAACACUACUCUCCAAUAAUUUUGAUGAUGAUAUAUAUUAUCAAGGGCAUCCUCCUGAGUAACAAUCAAGUUUUAGCCGUCGCUUAUUAUCUAUUAAAAAAUUACUAACAAAAGAAGUUUCAUGAAUAGAACGUAAUUUUGCGGCACAGUGUACAUUUAAUAAAUUUAAAAAGUACAUUUUUACGUACAAUAUAGCAAACAAUACACGUAUAUGCACGGGGGAGGGGUUCCGCCUCUCUCGCCACACUCCCUCUCCAAAAAAAUAAUCCUUUCUUUUUGGUGACGCAUGAGAAAUGCAUUACGCAUAUCCGUAGCUCUCGAGGGAGAACCCGGGAUCGCUUUAUACAUACUAUCAGUGCUCCACUGUGCGUCGAGAUCUUGUUAUUGGAGGCUCCAUCCCUGGGAGGACUUUUGUUUGUUCCCCUUUUGCCGAUUUUGUUCACGGUGGGGCCACGCCACUGUGCCGCCUUUCUCCCGGGCUGUGUUAGCAAGAGGUGGAGGGCCUAUUACUGUAGGCAGAUACUCGCACCUCUUGACUCUCCUCCUUCCUUUCGCUCGAUGAGUGGGGUCGGCGAGAGGAUCUUUUUUCCGACCCCGCUCUACGGCCUCCUUUUGCUACAUUAAUGUACAUACAUGUUUUGCAAAAGGAGGCCAUCGCGUUCCACGUAUCCUCGUUGCCGACCAUGUUUUUCACGAGAAGUCCUCCCCUAUUUCUUCUCAGAGGACACGGCGCUGUUCCGCCCACUUCUGGACAAUCCUCCAGAAUGUGCUGCUUCAUGUCCUUCGCGUGGCCGCACUCAUGACAUCUCAUCGUCGCUUUCCGGGCCGUUAUUCUGCACAGGUACUUUCCAAAGGAACCGUGUCCGGAGAACAUUUACACGAUCCAGAAGGAGAGUCCGUCUCGCCGCUGCUUGACUCACUCUCUCAGUACGGAUCAAACGGCCCCGAUAGUUCUGAGGUCGGCCUUUAUAUGGGCCAACCUCUCCUUCCACUUUGCGUAGAGAAGCUGUCGAGACUGGUGCCUCUUCCCCUCGACCGUCUUCUGCAUGAUGGGGCCGCUGAGACCGCGUCCCCGGAGCUCCACGCGCCGCUGAUACACCGACGCGUAGACUACGACGACAAGGUCCCAUGGUAGUGACCCCGCUAACACGCACGCCGCCUGGAGGGUGAUGGUGCGGUACUCCCGUAAAAAAAAAAAAACUAAUCCUAACCUAACCGAUCUAUUAAAAUAUAGUAAACCAUAUUCGUAUAUUAUGUACAAAAAAUAUUGCAAACUGUACUGCAUUUUUAUUUUUACAUUGUUUUCUACCGAAUAUGGAAAAACGCAAAGGUUGGGUUGCGUAUAUAGGAUGUCUGACUCGUAUCGUACCAGAACUAAUAUAUAGCUAGAAUAAGUCGUGACGAGUAAUGGAAUCGGUGUCUUUUUUUAAACAACCAUGUAAAAUUUCGAGUUACUAAAUAAAAUAGAUGAACUAAUCAGAACGUGUGGCGCGGCAGGCGGUCCUCGCUGAUGUAUUCCAUCCUUAAAUUCCUGUGUAAAUUGUCAUUUCUGAUAUACCAUCUACAAUAUUCCGCAGAACUUUAUUUUGGAAUCUUUGGAUACCGUCCAUAUUCGUCUUCUUAGCGCAACCCCCAAAGUUGGAUACUGUACGUUCAUACAGGCUUCAAAACUUGUCGAUACAAUAGCAGUUUAUUGCGAAUGCUCAGCUCAGAAUUCCUUCCCAACAAUGAGUACAUGUUUCUAUAUUUGAUGUUCAAUUCUUUUAUUUUUUUCUUAACAUACUCUUUCCAUUUAAGUUCUACAUCAAGCGUCACGUCAAGAUAUUUGACAGUAUUCGUAUAAGGUAUUUUCUGCGAGUUAAUUUCAAUCGGUAUCCUGUUGACUUUGUGAUUUGUAAAAUUUAUAUGAGCCGAUUUCGUCUCAUUUAGUUUAAUUCGUCAUCUUUUUGUCCAAUUACUAUAUUAGCAGCUCUUUGUAAUUUGCUGGUUAAUUCCUUUAUGCAAUCUCCAGUCACUAGGAUCGCUAUAUCGUCAGCGAAUUUUGUGACUUCUUUCAGGUUCGAUAUAUCGUUUGUAUAUAGCAGAAAUAAAACUGGUCCUAAUACGCCACCUUGCGAUACCCUUGCUGAUAUUUUCUUUAACUCAGAAUAUUCUUCUUCGCACUUGACACGAAAGUAUCUAUCUGCAAUAUGGAUUUUAAGACCGUAGUAUUACUUUAGAAGGUUUCGUUGUAGUUUGCACUCCAAACCUCGGUUCCAACUAGCAAAAUAAUAUUGAAAAAACAUUUUUUAAAAUAUUUAAAAAACAUUUACAAAAUAUUUUUAAAAACGUUAAAAACAAUGAGUUAAGUUUACUUUUUUUAAUAAAAAAAUGUUUUUUUUAAU